GGAGAGAGUGAAGAUCCAACAGAGAGAUCCAGGCAGGGGUAAUAGUUGCUCUCUGUUCUCUGAGUCUAGGAGUAGGCUGGAGAAAAGCAAAAGGAGGGAGCCUCAUGGAUAAGUUUCGGCACGUGUUGGACCUGUUUGUUAAAUAUCACACAGUUUUAGGCUAUAGCUUUUUGAGCUUGCUGACUGCUGGCGGGGAGCGCCUCUUCUCCAGCGUGGUGUUCCAAUGUCCCUGCCUCGCUGCCUGGAAUCUUCCCUAUUCCCUAGUCUUCCUCCUGGUUCCAGCCCUGAUCCUCUUUCUGCUGGGCUGCCUGCUAAGCACCCGGGCCAAGAUGCUCAUGACAGGUUGCUGUGCUCCGAGCCACGGCGAUGAAGACUGUGAAGCUGGCCUGGGACUGUGUGUCAGGAUGGCGGUGUGCUGUAACAUCACCUUGGCAGCCACUGUGGCGCCCAUCACCUGGAUAGCAGUGGCGCUGCUCGGUGGCGGUUUCUAUGAGUGUGCCGCCAGUGGGAGCGGGUGGGUAUCCAGACUAUUGUGCCCCAAACAGGACCCCACAUGUCAGGAGCAGCUGCCACAAGUGCCAUGUCAGCAAGCGAAACCCCAGCAGAUCCAGGAGCUCCUGAAGGAACUCAAGGCACAUUCCCAGGUGGCAGGUUGGAUCCUGAUAGCUCUUCUUGUGAUUAUGGUUCUGAUUUUCACAUCCAUCAUUAAAUGUCGAUCUCCAGUGAAUUUUUUUCAUCUUAAAUUCUGGAAACUAUAUUGUAAAAAGGAACAAGAGCUAUUGAUGGAUGAAACUAAGAAGCAUGCUACUGAAUUGGCAGAAGAGAAUGUCAAAAGCUUCUUUGAUGGAUCUCAACCACUAGAAUACAGAAUACCAAAUGCUAAAGAGUGGGAGAAGAUUUCAUUGCAGUAUACAUUUGAUCCUAAGAGUCAGUAUUAUAGUGUAUUGCACAAAUAUGUUAAUAGGAAGGAAGAUGAUGAUAAUAUUGAUAUGUGAAUCAUGUUCUAAGUAUUUCAAACUCAUUUGAUUUUACUAGUUCUGUUAUUGUAAUGUAUUAAUAAAUAAACAUAAUAUAAUACAGCAUAUCAUGUGUAUAUGUAAUUGCAUGUUGAAAUGAUUUCCUACUUCCUUUUUCAUAGAUACCAAUUUUCUAAUUAACAAGG